AUGGGGCUGCGCCCUCAGGCGUCUCGUCAGGCGGGCUCAAGUAUGGCAGCUCAGCGGCAGUGUAUAAAUAAGGCUGAAGCUCCGAUUCGGGCUCAGCAUCCGAGGUGUCACACGGGAGCACAAGCUAAAUUUGUCAGAAAGGGAGUCACUGUCACCCAGCCGGAGCAGUGGGACGGGGACUCUGUCAGCGCCGCGUGUCCUGGUUUGAGCAACAGAAGAAAACAAGACAAUUUUGCCUGUUACAUCAAUAUAGAUACGUGCAAGCGCCAUAAGCUUAAGCAAAGUUCUAAUGGCCCGGUGAAGAAGUCUAUGCGAGAAAAGGCUGUGGAACGCAGGAACGUUAAUAAGGAGCACAACAGUAACUUUAAAGCAGGAUACAUUCCAAUUGAUGAAGACCGUCUCCACAAGACAGGGUUACGUGGCAGGAAAGGCAACUUGGCCAUUUGUGUGAUUGUUCUUCUUUUUAUUUUGGCUGUCAUCAAUCUUAUUAUCACACUAGUUAUCUGGGCAGUGAUUCGAAUUGGUCCCAAUGGUUGUGACAGUAUGGAGUUCCAUGAGAGUGGCUUGUUGCGGUUUAAGCAGGUUUCUGACAUGGGUGUUAUACAUCCAUUAUAUAAAAGCACUGUAGGAGGCAGACGUAAUGAAGAUUUGGUGAUCACUGGAAAUAAUCAGCCUAUUGUAUUUCAGCAAGGAACAACCAAGCUUAGUGUGGAAAAAGACAAAACUUCUAUUACCAGUGAUAUUGGCAUGGAAUUUGUUGACCCACGGACACAAAAUACCUUGUUCAGCACAGACUAUGAAACUCAUGAGUUUCAUCUGCCAAAUGGAGUUAAAAUCUUGAAUGUACAAAAGGCCUCUACAGAGAGGAUUACCAGCAAUGCAACCAGUGAUCUAAACAUAAAGGUCGAUGGCCGUGCUAUUGUCCGUGGAAAUGAAGGUGUUUUCAUCACAGGCAAGACCAUUGAGUUUCGAAUGGGGGGUAACAUGGAGCUUAAAGCAGAAAACAGCAUUAUCCUGAAUGGAACUGUGAUGGUCAGCCCAUCGCGACUGCCAAGUUCUUCUUACGGGGAACAGUUUAAUAACGGCAACUGGCUGCGUUUCAAGCUCUGUAUGUGCGCAGAUGGGACGCUGUUCAAGGUUCAGGUGACAGGUUAUAACAUGGGUUGUCAGACUUCUGUCAAUCCGUGCGGAGCCACGCACUAAAACACAAACCACUACCAGGAGACUUCUCUUUUGUGUUUACAUAUAUUUGUACGAAGUAAUUGCAUGCCUUCAAGGAUUUCUGGUUUUACAGCAAUUUAUACUAACAUUUAUUACAUAAUAUUUUUAAGCAAAGGCUGUUACGUUCAACAGUAUUAUGUCAUCAUCCUGCCAUAAUAGUGGCACUGAUUUAGUAAGCUUUCAGUCUACAUGCAUACUGAAGUACCUUCUUGAAUUGGGAUCAGUAGAAUAUAUUUGAAGAAUGUG